GCAAGUUGCAACACUAUUAGUCUAGUCGAUGAUUGAUGAUUCGCGUAUGUCGUGCUAGUGAGAAGAAAGUAAAUUGAAAUAUUUACCUAUAGUAUUUGCAUAUAACAAUCGAAUCAAUGAGGUAUAUUGCGUGAUGAAGAUUAUUGCUGCAGCUUUUAAAAAAAGUGUGUGCCAAAGUAGUGUCUACGCAUUCAAAACUUGUGAUGAACAAAAUGUAUGGCUGUGCUUCUUUAAAUUGAUUUUAAUAGUGUAUUUGUUAUAAAUAUUGAAGCAGGAUGCCGAGAGGGGAGAACCGACCGAGCGUCCUGUUAUCUCGCGAAGAAAAUGAGCAGGUGUUUAGUCUCAUAGGACCAAAAUGUCAGAGUCUUGCUACUGCAGUGGUGCAGUUAUUUACAACAGAGGGGCCAGGUCAUACAGAAUGGAAGAAGAAAGACACUGGCGUACUGUGCCUUAUAAAGGACAAUGCCAAAAGGUCCUAUUUCUUCCGGAUAUAUUGUCUAUACCGGAAGACUAUGAUAUGGGAACAUGAGGUCUACAUGCAAAUAGAAUAUAAAAGUCCAAGACCAUAUUUACAUACAUUUGAAGCAGAGGAAUAUAUGACAGCAUUUAACUUCGCAAAUGAAGAUGAGGCGCGCGUCUUGAGGAACAUUCUCAUAGAGAAAAUCGAACUGCGGAAACAAAGACGCGAAGAUAGACGUCAGCGUUCUAUGCAAGCGGCUAGAGCUAACAGUACAGCUUCGAAUCAGUCUCGUAUGAAUGGAGUCCCUCACACUCCGCCACCCGCUCCUACGCCCGCUCCGCCACCCGCUACCGUUCAGCCGCAGAAAACGAAUACGAUAUCAAGUUACACACUAAAAGGCAAGAAACCGAAAGCGAGGAAGCUCACAAAAGCCGAUAUAGGCGCGCCACAGGACUUCAAACAUGUUUCUCACGUUGGUUGGGAUGCUGAAAAAGGUUUUGACGUCGGCAACCUUCCGGAAGCGGAUAUGCGUUCGUUCUUCUCUAAAGCGGGAAUAAGUGAUAUUCAGCUUAUCGAUCGGGACACGCGACAAUUUAUUUACGACUUCAUCAACACUCAUGGAGGAUAUGAUGCCGUCAAGGAGGAGUUGCAUGAAGAUCCCCCUAAAUAUUCCCCCCGCAGUGGGGCGGUGCCCCCACCACCGCCUGCCCCUCCCGUGCCUUCGAGAGCACCGCACGCGCAUGCGCCCGCUCCACCGUCCAGGGCGCCGCCCCCGCCCCCGGCAAGGGCGGUGCCACCUCCCCCGCCGCCCCCCACUAUUACAGCGCCACGGAACCCGCCGCCUCCCCGCCCGAACCAACCUCCAUCUGGUGGCCCUCCGUCGGUGCCGCCUCCUCCACCGCCCACCGCUGCGCCGCCCGCCCCGCCUCCACCUCCACCUGCCCCAGCGCCGCCGCCCGCCCCGCCCAUGCCGGCAGAAGCUAGCAACGACCCUAGGGCGGCCCUCAUGGAGAGCAUACGCAACGGGAAUAAGGCUUUACGGAAAGUGGAAAUGGUCGCUAAACAGUCAGCCAAUGAUGAUAGCAGAAGUAAUUUGCUCAGCGAAAUAAGGCAGGGAUUUAACUUGAGAGCCGUGAAGCCCUCUAGCACAAACCAAGUGACAGAAGAUCGACCUCCUACGUGCGGCCUAGCGGGUGCGCUCGCUAAAGCUUUACAGGAACGAGCGCGAGCCAUACAUUCAUCGGACUCCGAAGACAGCGAAACUACUAGCGAUGGAGAAUGGGACGAUUAGACAUCUUUUUCAAGAGCCUUUCUGGUUUUAGCAAUACUGAACCUCCUGUAUGUGAGGCGAUAACAUAGUGAGUGUUUAAGUAGUUCUUUCAUUAUUAUUUUUGUUCAUCCUCAUGAUAAAGUUUACACAUAUAUAUUGCCCUUGGAUAUAUGCGAGUACUGCACUUUUUAACAUCUAUAUAUACACGAAUUUAUUAUUUUCAACGUUUUGAUGACUCCAUAUGUAUCUUAUAAGAUUAACUGAACAUAUGUGGCUCUCGUAACGUCAGGUUUUUGUUAAUAUUGUUAUUAACUCGCAUUUAAUGAAGUUUUAUGUAAAUCUUUACUCCCUUUGAGAUUAACCUUGACUUUUAAGCAGAAAUAUAAAAACAAAUGAAGUGCCAAGUAAUAACGUGUUUGGUUGUUUUAGAAACAUGUAGAGGUGUAAAAUAUUAAUCAGACAUUACAAAUAAAGUGCUCAAAAGGCUAACCCAAAUAUAUAUUGUAUAAUUAGUUAUUUUAGCAAGUCCAUAUUUCUUCAUAAUAUAUAAGCUGCUUUCUUGAUAGUAAUUAAAUUAAUUUCACAUCAGUAUAACUGUAUACCACAUGUAAUGUGACCCGCCCAAACUUUUAGGAUAAUUUUAUUUUAAUGAUAAAAUAGUCAUUAUAAUCUUGUACAUAGUUUUUCAUUAGGCAAAGGACUGAAGAAAAACGUUGGUGAUUAUAAAAGUACCUUAAUUCUUGUAAUAACUAGGUGUUUGUAUAUUUCAUAUUUUUGAAUUGCUUAUUAUUAUAAUCUUAUUAAUCUAACUUUUAAGAAAUUGAGAUAUUAAUCUUCUUUUCAUUUUAUAUUUUCACAACAAAAUUAUUUGACUGUUUUAUUUAUAUGUAAUUUAUUUUAAUUUACUACCUUAUUUUUCCAAUGUGUCAUUUUUAUGUCAUAUUUCAUUAAUGAUUCAGUGUAUUCUGUAUUUUAAAUAUUAUCGUCUAGUAUUCUAUUUAUUUUCAUUGAAAACAAUGUAUGUUGGAUAUGUAACCUAAAUGUAUAGCAUAUUUUUUAAAGAUUGUUUUGUAUCUGGCGGCUUAACUUUCUUUUUCCACUGUCGCAUUUUUAUGGCAUAUUUCAUGAGUGAUUCAGUGUUUUCUGUAUUUUAAGUAUUAUCGUCUAGUAUUCUAUUUAUUUUCAUUUAAAGCAAUGUUAGUUAUGUAACCUAAAUGUACAUAAAAAUGUAAAGCAUAUUUUUUUAAGAUAGUUUUGUAUCUGGCGGCAUAAUAAAGCUAGCAAAAACUAUUGUAAUGUACCACCUGUUAACACUUGGUUGAAUUAAUAAAUUAUUAAUCCGGUGAGUUUAUUUU